AUGUCACUCGACAGCAUUGACAUGAACUCAUCACACAUGAUAUCGAUAAGCAAGAGAGUCAACAAGGAGCUCAACAAUCCCGAUAUAGCAGGAGCCAUUCUUCUUGGUGGCACAGAUGCUAUGAUCGAGUAUUUAACGUUCAUCGCUCUUACUGUGAAGAGCAAAAAACCUAUCGUAGGUACAGGGGCAUAUAGACCACAUACAGCACACGAUGCCGAUGGGCUUCAAAACAUCAUCGAUGCGGUCAUAUUAGCAGCGACAGAAGGCUGGAGUGAGGAGUAUUAUGAAGUUGCCAUGGUCAUGGGCGGUGAUAUCUUUCGUCUUUGGGGGACACGAAAGGAGAACGACCAAUUUGUACCUGGAUCCGGGUCAUCGAUCGGGAGAGUUGAAGGAUACCGGGUAUCCUUUCACGAUCUUCCUGGUCGUCCCGCGCCCUUCAAAUUCGACAUCACCGAGCUUUCAAGCGUUUCUUUACUGCCGGUGGUCCCGGUAUUCUUAGUGCACACUGGAUUCGACUACAAAGCCCUAGAGAAGGCCGUUGAUGAGGGAGCUCGAGGACUCAUCAUAGGUGUAUAUGGUAAUGGAUAUAUACCUGCCACAACUGGGACAGCGAUCACAAAGCUCGCGUACGAAAAGGGUAUCGUUGUUAUGGGAGCUAGAUUUAACUCUGUGACGGUCUCAUAUGCGAGAGUCAAAGGUAUGAUUCCUGGACAGGAUUGGGAUGCACGCCAACUCCGAAUCCUGAAUCAGCUUUACCUGGUUCAAGGGAAGGGUAUAACCAAGCACGAGCUGGAGAAAGGAUUAGAGUAUGGAGCUAAGCCACAUGUAUCUGCCAACUAG